AUGAGCUUUCUGCUGCCCCAACUGGCCUCUAAGAAGGAGGUGGAUCAGGCGAUAAAAACCGUGGCCGAGAAGGUCCUGGUCCUUCGCUUCGGAAGGGAUCAGGACUCCGUUUGCAUGCAGCUGGAUGAUAUUCUUGCAAAGACAUCUCAUGACCUAAGUAAAAUGGCAGUCAUCUACCUGGUGGAUGUAAACAAGGUGCCAGUGUACACCCAGUAUUUCGACAUCAGUUACAUUCCCUCUACUGUCUUUUUCUUUAAUGGACAACACAUGAAGGUUGAUUAUGGGUCUCCAGAUCAUACUAAAUUUGUAGGAAGCUUCAAAACAAAGCAAGACUUUAUAGAUCUGAUUGAAGUGAUUUACCGUGGUGCAAUGCGUGGGAAGCUCAUUGUGAGAAGUCCUAUUGAUCCCAGGAAUAUUCCUAAAUACGACCUUCUCUACCAAGGAAUUUAAUGCAUUGGUCUGAGGAAAAGGAUUGCUGAAAUGAUGGAUGUUCUA